AUGAUGAGUGGGGAGGGGUCCAGAUCAGGAUCAAAGACGCCCCCUAGGAAGCGCACGUAUCCAUUGAAGAUGGAGACGAUCCCAAUGUCGUCGUCGUAUUCCGAGUUAAAAGAUGCGGGUAUUGGCGAAAUGGGAUAUAGUGGGGAAGCCAUGAGCAAGAGCCAUCAGAACCGUCAUACGGAAGAAGAAGACUAUGCACCUAUAGAUCAGAAUGUAUCCAGCUACGAAGCUGAUGAUGAUUUCAAAUUCAAGAGACACAAAACGAAGCCCAUGAAUGGUGUACCGUCGCUGGGUGAGCGAUUAGACAAUUUACAGGAUAUGAAAAACGCUAAAUGGGUUGAUAACUUUAAUUCUUCGAUGCCAAUGAAUAGCCAACAAAGAUCAAAGCCCGAUAUACGGCCACCCUCAAUGCCUCCUUCGCAGGCGAACCAAUACUCCCAAACGUCACAAAUUCAACAGCAACCGGCUUAUAUGCCCUACAUGUAUUAUUAUCCUAUGCCUACACCGGGGCACCCAUUGAUGUCAUAUAUGGGAUCUCCAGUGCAUCCAUCACAAUUAAACGGAACUCAGUAUAUGAAUUCUUCUGUCUCAAUGCUUCCGAAUACUUCAUUACAGCCUUUCAUGCCACCGCCUCCAGUACCGAACCAUAAGGGAGAGCAAAAUUCAGCCCCUCAGUUACUACCUCCUCCUUCACUAUAUCCAUACAAUUUCCUGCAGCAGCAGCAACAACAUCAACAACAACAACAAUAUGCCCAGAAGGCCAAAAAUAAAAGCCAAUCCAGUGGAUUUAACAGAGGAAGGCGUUUAUCGAUGCUGGCAUCUCAAGAGGAUCAUAACAUGAUAGUUUCGCCGCAUAAAGAUGUUCCCGAAGAGGACUUUUAUAGACAUGUCGGAAAUACAUCAUUCGGUAGAGGUUUGCAAAUACGGCAGCUGUUCAAUUGGUGUGUGAUUAGAUCGUUGCGAAAGAUGGGAAACCAAGAAAAUGAAGAACAGGCAAAAUCAGAGAUGAAAGAAGGUGCCUAUGUAAAUCCCAAAAAAAUUGCAAUUGUCAUUAUAGAAGAAUUCGUCAAUGAUCUCAGAAAAGGUGCGGUAAAUAUUGAUUGGGAAGAAGAAGAGUCGGGUAGCGGCGAAGAGUUUUCCGAUGCAGAGGACACAGAGCUACGCAAUCUAUUUGAUGAUGAUGACGACGACGAUGAGGUUAAUAAUAAUGGACUUAAUAAUAAAAAUAAUGCCCUCAAGAAAAACUCUUCCAAAAAAUCUAGAAAUAAAAAAAAUACAACCAAGAGGAGGAAUAGGAUUGCUAACAGUAAAAAUGUUGCAAAUGAGAAAAACUUGGAAAGUUUGCAAGGGAGAAUUGAUGCUAUAGAGAGGGAAAUUGUAGAUUGGACUAGAGUACUGAAUGAUUGUGAAGUAGAUACUGAAUGGAAACAACUCAGUAAAAAAUCGACAGCACCACCAGAAAAAACCCAACCACUUCAUGAAGAGCCUUCAAUCGAGGAUAUUCGGGAGAAUAUAACCGAAAAAAUGAAUAAACUGUACAUCCAUUCUCAUUUGUUAAAUUCCGGCUCAGAAGCUCUUUCACAGCUAACAGGCGUCAAGCUGGACAAGUUAUCACGAAAAUUCGUGCCUACUGUCCAUGAUCAAAACGCCAAUGCACGAUCAAAUACACAGACAUUAUUAAAGGGUUUGAGUAAAUCAUUGUUAGAGUAA